CCUCUAACCCUCCAGCCCUCUAACUCCCCAGCCCUCUAACCCUCCAGCCCUCUAACCCUCCAGCCCUGGCGGUAGCCCUGGAGUUCUGGGGACGAGGGUAUUGCCUUUUUAGGAGACACCUGAUCACAGCCCAGUGCCUCUACACUCAGAGGCUGCUGAUAAAGAUGUGUGUUAGACUGAGUGAGAGAGAGUGACUGGUGAUUAGGCUGAUAGAGGAGCUCAGAGCUAUGGGGGUGGGGACUGAACUGGACUGCUACCGUUCACAGUUAAAAAGAGAUCCAACCACGGCACGUCCCCAUCCAGUUUAGGAAGGACACACCAUUAGAUUACCAGACCAGAGAGCAACACAGCGUGUGACGGCGUCAGAGAGCCUUCUAGGUGGACCAGACGGACAGUGGGCUGUUUUUGUUUGCCAGCAGGCUGAGGAGAAGCUCUGUCUGUUUAACCAGAGGAACACUAUCUCAGGCUUCUAGAAGCUCUGUCUGUUUAACCAGAGGAGCACUAUCUCAGACUUCUAGAAGCUCUGUCUGUUUAACCAGAGGAACACUAUCUCAGGCUUCUAGAAGCUCUGUCUGUUUAACCAGAGGAACAUUAUCUCAGACUUCUAGAAGCUCUGUCUGUUUAACCAGAGGAACACUAUCUCAGGCUUCUAGAAGAGGACUAUAGUGUCUUGGGAGUCAGACUGUUUCUGAGAGACUCUGUCUACCUGGAGCCUGUGUUGUCUAUAGACUCUGUCUACCUAGAGCCUGUGUCCUCUAUAACCUGUAGAGAUACUGUCUACCUGGAGCCUGUGUUCUCUCUAACCUGUAGAGAGACUGUCUACCUGGAGCCUGUGUUCUCUCUAACCUGUAGAGAGACUGUCCUCCUGGAGCCUGUGUUCUCUAGCUGCGUCAGUCGGUCGGUCUUCCUAUUGAAACCUACAUUACAGCCCAUCCUUUGCUUUAGUCCGGGUUGGUGGGCAUCUGAACCCGAACCCUCAUGGAGAAGUUCCAGGCUGGGAUGGUCCUAGCGGGGGUGGGGGACGCCCUGGGCUACCGUAAGGGCCGCUGGGAGAGCUGCCCCUCUGGGACACAGAUCCAGGAAGAGCUGGCCUCUCUGGGGGGCCUUGGGGCUCUGAAACUGGACCCUGACAAUUGGCCCCUCAGCGACGGAGCCCUGAUGCACAUGACCACCGCUGAGGCCCUCAUCACAGACUACUGGUGUUUGGAGGAUCUCUACAGGGAGCUGGUCAGGGUGUAUGUUGAGGCCAUGGUGUCUCUCCAGGGUCGCCCUCCUGACCCAGCCACCGUGGAGGGAUGUGCUCACCUCAAACCCAACAACUUCCUGCUUGCCUGGCACACGCCCUUCAAUGAGAAAGGUUCUGGGUUUGGAGCAGCCACCAAGGCCAUGUGUGUGGGGAUGAAGUACUGGCAGCCUGAGAGGCUAGACAACCUAGUGGAGGUCAGCAUUGAGACGGGGCGCAUGACCCACAACCACCCUACAGGUUUCCUGGGCUCUCUGACCACGGCUCUGUUUGCAUCGUACGCGGUGCAGGGCAAACCGCUGGUGACCUGGGGUCGCGACCUCAUGAAGGUCAUCCCCAAGGCCGAGGAGUACUGUAAGAAGACCAUACGCCACAUGGCAGAGUACCAGGAGAAGUGGUUCUACUUCGAGGCUAAGUGGCAGUUCUACCUGGAGGAGAGAGGCGUGGAGGAGGAGGGGCAGAACAAGCCCCUGUUUCCUGACACCUACAACGCUGAGGAGACAGACAAGGUGUAUAAGCGCUGGAGCUCAGAGGGCCGGGCUGGACGGAGGGGUCAUGAUGCUCCCAUGAUAGCCUACGAUGCUCUCCUGGCCUCAGGCUCCGACUGGACCCAGCUCUGCCGCCGCGCCAUGUUCCACGGAGGGGAGAGCAGUGCCACAGGGCUGAUAGCAGGCUGUCUGUACGGUCUCCUGUUCGGCCUGUCCCAGGUCCCUGAAGGGCUGCACCAGGAUGUGGACCGACGCACGCGGCUAGAGGAGCUCGGAGCCGAACUGUACAAGGCAGCCUCCGCAGAGAGGAGCACAGAGAAAGCAGAGAGAGCAGCGAAUGCAGGGCCAUCAGGCCUCAUUGUGGACACCAGAACCCUGAGGAGGCUGGUUUGGGACCGGACGACCCGCCCGGAGCUCAGAGGGGUUCUGGAGAGCCUGCUCCACUACCUAACCCAGGACCUGCCCGGCCGGAGCCCAACCGCGAGGCCCCCUGAGAGGUUAGGGCUGGAGGUCAGUGUGGGGUUGAAGGUGCCCCAGUUCAGCAGGUGUGGAGGUCGACCAGCAGGGAGCGACGUCUCAAGACGCCUCACCUCCUUCCAGCUUCUCCAGGCCAAGUUCCUGAGGAACACCCCCAACCCUCCGCUCACUCACCGCCGGGAGGUGGGGGCCCUGGCACUGUCCUCCAGAGGGGGUGGAGGAGGAGGCUGUGGCAGCCAGAGCCAUGGCAGAGAGACCCCUAGUGGACAGGUUGAGGGCUGCAUUCCCAAAACAGGACGUGGAGUGAGAAAGGGAAACACUGUUAAGGAUGUGCUGGCCAGGUUUGCCGCAGCAACGCAGAAAGAGAGGGGAGGGGCCACACAGGUGGGAGGAGCGUCGAAAAGACCCCGACCAAUCGGCAAGGGGAAGCUACUGUCUGCCAUAAUGGACAAGUUUGAAACCAUGGCGACGGUGUACCGGGGAAGUGACGUGAGUUGCCAGAAGAAAAGCACCUCUCCUGGUACCAGCUCAUCUGGACGUGUCAACGAAUUAGUGAGUCGUCAGGAAGAAGAGGUACAACAGUGCUUAGGUCAACCAGGUCAACCCGUCAAAGGUCAGAGUUCAGUGAAGCAACAGGUUAAGAGUAAAGGCUGGGGACAGCAGAGGAAAGAGAACCCCUAUGGAGUACAGGAAGGAGAUAGAGGAUCAGAGAAGACAGUAGCUGGUCUGAAGGAUUCACUUCAACACAGAAAAGGGAGGAACUGGAAUCAGAAGGUGAAAGGUCACUCUGUAGUCAAUAAGCAGAUAAGGGCUCCAGGUUCAGAUCAAGAAGCUGAAGGUCAGAUUCAGGAUUCAAUUAAGGAGGUAGAAGUUUGGGGUGCUAAUCAACAGGUAGAUACUCUGGGUACGAACCAACAGGUAGAUACUCUGGGUACGAACCAAGAAAAGGUUGUUAGCUCAGGUCAAAGACGAGAAGGCCAUGGUUCAGAAUUGAACAAGGAGCUAAAGGUUCAGAGUGAAAACAUUGAAGUUAAGGCCUCAGUGGGUCAGGAAGUGGUGGUACAGGCUUCACAUCAGGAAAAUCAGGAUCCUGAUCAAGACAGUGAAGUUAAAGUUUCAGGUCUGGAGCUCAAGGCACAGGUUACAGGUCAGGAGGUCAAGGCACAGGUUUCAGAUAAGGAAUUAAAGGUACAGGUCUUAGGUCAGGAGCUUAGCUAUGUGCAGGUAGAGCUGCUCUGCUCUGCUGCAGUGGUCCAGUGGUCUCCCCCAGCACCCCAGGUAGGGAUACCUGAGGUAGAGGCCUUGCAGUCUGGGUACCUGGCAACACUGCUCCCUUGUCCUCCUGUGUGGGCACUAGCUUCCUCUGUGGAUCCACCAGCACAGAAAUACUCAGGGUUAGGGUCCAAAACCAGGACCCUGGAAGGCUCACAUCUCUCCUACCCCUGGAGAAAACAGUACAUGGAUCCACCCCAACCCCGGUCCACCCAGAGAGGCCAGCCCAGAUACCCCAUCCCUAGGAGGGCCCACGGCUCAGAAUCAGAACCAUCAGAACUGGGCGAGGCCCAUAACGCCAGCCUCUCACCCCCAUCUUCUGAAUCUACGACCCCUGAUGUCAUGACCUCUGUCCCCACAACCCCUGAUCUUGACCUUUGCUUCCUGCCAUCAGCGCCCACAACGUCCAACCAGGAGCACCGCCCACAUGAAGCCAAACAGGAAGUAAAUGCCCCCACGGCACUGCAAAGUGGGGAGGGGGAGGUGACAUGUCAGGAGGGGGAGGGGCAGGGUAGCGCUGUGAUGUCACACAAAGAUGACGCCAUCACUAUGCGUGGUUCGAAUGUUGCAGAGCCAGAAAGACUACAGACAGAAAAGCAGGAGAGACCAAAGUACAGGACGUUAAACUACGGCGACCCUUCUGCGAAACUGAUUCAUAAACCCAGAAUCAUCCGAUUCACAGAUACCUUUAAUUUCUAAGUCCCUCGUCCACUCACUCUGACUUCAGUGAUGCGUUCGUCUGUGAAGGAUAAAAGCCUUCUGAACUUUCUCUCUCCUCACAGUGAAACACGAUACACCUUCAAGGUCAUGCCAGCUAUCCCAUGUGUUGCUGUCCUCUGAAAGCCGUGGGGUUGCAGGAAGCAGCCUACGCUCUACGUGUGGUGAUUUACUCAGAAGCUGUGUAACGCUCCAAGUAGAGUAGCGUGUGUGUGUGUGCGUCGUCCGUACUGUAACAGUGGAAAGACAAACAGAACAGCGGUGUUAAACAUUGACUAAGCUAAGCCUAAUCUUUAGAAUGGGAUUUUCGUGGAAAACAAUGUGAAGCAAUAAUACCAGGACUUAAACUGUAGCUAUGACAACCGAGUCAAACAAACCCUCUGCUCUUUAUCAGAUUAAAGAAACUCAAUCCC